AUAAACGCAAUGUGACUGUCAUGCCAGGGCCUUGAAUUUGAACAGCGAACAGAUUGAUUCUCACAUAUCGCUGAUGCUGCAACAUUACUACGAGAAGACAGUUUUGACUGACAACUGUGAGAUAAUUUGUUUGGGAUUACAACACCAAACACAUAAUGAUGAGAUACUUGGUAAACAGGAUGGAAAACUGAGAGAAGUGAAAACAUCCAUCUUCCUGUUCUGUCUAUUGCACACUUAGUCAUGAGAUCACAGCGCGCACACACACAUAUUGUGUCAACAUUAUGUUUUCAUCAGAACGGAUUUGUCAGUGUUCUCCUCUAUCGCGCUAAUUAAUCUCGACAGCCGGUAAGGACACAUCAGCUAAAUUAAAUGUAUCAUAUCAGCUAAAUUAAAUGUGAUUAAAUAUCAGAUUAAAACGGUUUGAUUCCAUAUUAGGUUCACUUAUAACGAUUGAGAGUACAACUUUAUGAUUAUACCUGUAUCUCGUUUUACUCCAGUCAUCAUGGAGAACAAGGAAAACUGCCUUCCAGGGUUAUCGUUACACCAGCCAGACGAUAUCAUUUGGCGGAUAGGGGGUCAGUCAGCCUCUCUCCCCUGUAACAUCGUAUAUGAUACCAAUAGGAACAUUGAUUUCCUCUGGUUCGUCUUCAAGCAGGACGCUCAUCACUCGGUCGAUCUGAUAACCCAGCAACACAAAUACAGCCUGGAGAAAAACAGCCUAAAUAUCAACUCACUCCAGGCCAAUGACAGCGGGGUGUACCACUGUGCUGCCUUGUUUAGAGACGUGGUAUGCAGCGGGGCACAGGAGAUAGGGCAGGGCACCACGCUGGUGGUGAGAGAGAGGGGCGUGCAGAUGGCCUGGCAAGUUUUGCUGUUUGUCCUGUUAGCCUUGUACAGUCUGGCAAUACUGAUUCUGAUCAUUCGUAAGAAGACUGGGAAAGACAUUGCCGUUUGCAGAGGCACACAGAAGAGUGACAUCCAGAAGAAUAAAGUUCGAGUACAGUUUGGUGCUGUUGUGCAAGAGCUGUACGGUAAGAGGAACUUACGAAGUAACAAGAAAAACCCCAACCACAGUGGCCCUGCUCAAAACAAGGUUGAAAGCCCCCACUCCAACCAUCCAGAGGACAUUUACCAAAACCAGUGACUCAACAAAAAGGAGAAUCAUUAAUGACAGCUACUUCCCUACACAGACUGAUCUUCAGGCGGGAGACUAUAAACGAAGGACACUGCUGACCUGCAAAACGACUAACCGAAAUCUAAAACUGACCCUUAGCUUAACCAAAGAGAGUAACCAGACAAAAACAAUCUCGAUUUAUUGAUAAACUUCAAAUUAAUUAGAAAGAAAAACAGAAGUCCCUCUACUGAAUCUGAAGUUCACCUAUUUGAAUAUCCAAUUGGUUUUGUCCAUGUUUCAUUUUGAAAAGUCAACGUAAAUAACACGUGCAAGUUAUUUGAAUGAAGGCGUAUUGUUUUUAAAUGGGAUCAGUGUAAAAGGACACGUAGGAAACAUUCCACAACAAAUGAAUGCAAAUCAUUUGAAUGAAAAGUAAUAGCAUAUUUGUUUGGUAUUAACUAUUUAGACAAAGGCACAAUAUCACAAUGGUUCAGGUCCCAUGAUAACAGUAUGUAGUAUACACAAUGUCAAAGAAAAUAUCUGUUUUUACAUUCAAUUUGUUUGGAGAACAAAGUCUGAAAACUAAUAAACUAUGUGAAAGUAAUCUGA